UUGACCACUGAGAUGGUGCUGGGAAUCGAAGGGGAUGGGGUUUGGCCGCUUCGCAUUGCUUCUGUGGCACCAGAGGCUGAGCAGACGAGCCUGGGCAUUCCGUUUGUAAGCACCGUCUUGAGGAACGCAGAAUCACGUCUGCGUCUGUGCCCAGAACUCGAGGAAGGUUUGCAUGCUUGGUUUGAGAGGAGUUUGAGGUUCAAGGGGAGAUAGUAGCAAUCUGUCACGCCUUGUAAAGGAGCUGUGAAUUCCCUGUACAGGCAAAUGCAUGCAAACAGCCUGGUUGCCUAGAAAUGAACGUUCAGAGAGGAAAAGGGAGCCUUUUGGAAUCACACUGUGGAGUGUGAAAUCCUCUGUGCUGCAUACAGCAUAGCUUCUGGGGCCAGUUUUGCUUGUUAUUGAAAAGAAGCAGAAGACUAUGGAUAGUAGUUAAGAAGAGGUUUACAAGCAGCAGAGGUCUGCGUAGUAACACCUACUCAGUGUGAGCUGCCUCCAAAUGCAAUAAGGCGUCAAAAACUAAACAUGGCAGCCUUUCAUCCCUCAAAGACUCCGGACGUAGCAGCAGAGAGUAUUCCUAGCAUCGCCUUGACGAAGGCGGCUAAUAUUGUUGAAUCCGGAACUCAGAACCAGACCAAUGAGAAAGCAGCCCCGUCAAUACCACACGACCUGCGGCCAGCAGGUGACAUUAGCAUCCGCACCCGGAACGCAGACCCUAAAUGCGAGCGGCACUAUGUGAUUGUCGUGCACGGCACAUUCGACCCCCCUGCCCCAGAUGAAAAAGUUCCAAAGUGGUACCAACCUGACCCAGAAAACCCCAAGAAUUUCUGCACCAUUGUUGGGGAAAACUUGGAACACCUUCCCCUGGGAAAAGAUGCGGUGUGGCGGGACCUGCCUGUGCGCGCCCCCCCAAAGCUGCGAUCGUUCUGCUGCGGAUUCAUCCCAGCAGAACAGGAGCAGGAGGUUCCGUACCCCUUCCAUUGGGAUGGGAGCAACACGCAUGCAGGGAGGAUUGCAGGGGGGCGCCAGCUGGCGGUGCUUCUUAACACCAUCGGGAAGAACGAUCCGGCAGCAAGGAUACACCUUGUGGCGCACUCGCACGGGGGUAACGUGGUGCUCGCGGGUGUGGCGAAGUACCUGCGUAUCCUGCGAAAGGAAUCUGGCCAAAACUACAACGACGACAUCGAAGCAGCAUUCUGGAGGGACGCCAAGCAAGAUCACGACGAGAUUGGCAAGCCCGGGAAGAUCACAGACGUCAUCUGGUGGUGGAAGCUGAACCCGUUCUUAAUGGUGCACCGGCCGUUCCCAAUCGUUGAGAAGACCGACGAAGAAACUGGGUUGAGGAAAGCCAAGAUUUCGGCAGGCAAGCUGACCCGCGCGUCCUUCAUCAAGCGCUUCUUUCGGCCCGCCAGCUACGACCAGGAAAACUUUGGCGGGAAAGAACUUUACAGGUGGGCGUAUUAUUCGUGGAUGGACCGGCUGCUGCAGCUGGGACAGAUCCGGCGCUACAAGUACCUGCGCCGCAGGUGGGCGACCUGCCCCGUCACCAACGCGCUCGGCAACAUCGUCUUCCUUGGGACGCCUUUCUACACCAAGAUCUGGGACGACUUCAGCACAAUACACGUGGCACUCGGCAUCCUGUGGCAGACCAUCAUUGUGUCGGUCACUUUGGGCGUCAUCGUGACGCUGUUCCGGCUGGCCGUCUACCGCCGGUACCAGUCGCUGUUGGGGACCGGCAGUACCGUCUUCUGGGCAGUCACCGCUGUGCUUUCGUUUGUGGCGCUCACGAUCAAGCGGGUCCAGGACAGGGUGUUCUACAAUGGGAACCUGUACCACGACCCGCGCAAACCGUGGUCUGACACGAUGCGCGCCCUGGUGGUCAAUGCGGGAAAGCUGGACGAAGCGGCGCUUGCGCUCUCGACUGAGCCCGUGGUGCGCGCAUACCUCCUCCCCCAGAUCCGCUUCUACCUGGACCCCGCCCCGUGGUCCACGUGGCAGUACCCCAUUGGCCGCACGUGGUACAAGACGCUGGCCAUCUGGUACGACGACGUGUGGCUCGUCGUGUGGAACACGCUCUUUUCGCUGCUGCUCCUGCUGCGCUGGAUGGCCAACUUCCUGCUCGUGCCGCUGCUCUCUGAGUCCACGCUCAAGCUGCUCAUCACCAUGUCCUUCGGCCUGCAAAACGGCGAGCUGGACAAUGCGCACAUCUAUGCGGGGGAGCGCCUGGAGCUGCCCUCCAACACGCACAAGUACCAGCACUGGAACGUGCAGCAACUGUUUGCCGCCGAGGAAUCCUUUGCGCCGUUCAUCGAGGCCGUCGAGGAAGCCGCGGGCAGCGACGAUCCCUCGGAACUAGAGGCCGCGGGCCACGCCGCGACCGUGAUCGCCGAGGACGCCCCUGCGGCGGUCGACGGAAUGUUGGCGGAACGGAACGGAAUGGCGGCGGAACGAGGAGAGGGCGGAACGGGGACGGAAGGUAGGACUGAGUUGUCGGAAGUGAAACAGGACAGUGCCGCACCCGAUCCGACCGGGGACGUUGGAGAAGAGAGGGACGGGUCUGCGGGAGCAACGGCCGACUUCGGAGCGGAUUCCGGGCGGAACGACAUUCCGUUGCCCCCGGUUGUUGAGGCGCCCCCGACCGAGAUGCGCGAGUCUUGGAUGGAGAAGCACACGAUGGAGGAGAAGCUCGGCAACGUUUUGCGGCAUGGAUCGGUCAGCGGGCUCAUCAUGGCUGAGGCCGACCGGAAGGAACAAGAAGAGAACGGAACAGCGGAACACACUGCUGUCUCAGAAAGCGGGGGCCAGAAGAUCGUGGAAGACGCGUCGAACGGAAGCCUGGGCGCCGGCGCUUCGACCCUUUCUGAGCCGCAGAACAGCGCUAGCGGGCUGCGGCAUCGGAGCGUGCACAAGAACGGCAGUGGUAACGCCAACGGCAACGGUAAAGGUGGGGUGGAUACCGGCGAGUUGGAGGCUCAUGCGGUGCAGUCGGCUGCAAAGGAGCCGGACAAGGGAAAGGAAACGAAGGAAGAGGAGGGCAUGGAUCUGGAGAGCCGCAACCGGCGGCGCGAGUAUCUGCAGCGGUACCGUUUCCUGUGGGACGAUCAAGUGCUCGAGGAGAAAGCGCGGAGGUCCGAGACGCUGAAGCGCCUGCGAGCGCAGCGCACCAAGAUGAGCCGCCACCCGACGUCAUCCGCCGACGCCUUUGACCGCGAGCUCAAGGUCACGUGCGUCAUGCUGGAGGAGCGGAUCAAGGAGAUGACGGGACGUGUCGAACUGGCUCAUGGGUGCUACUUCAGGAAUCCGGACGUUAUCGAAGCGACUGCCAAGUUUUUGGCGACCGGAAAGCUCCCGAAGAAGGCGACCAGGCUCGGCCUGGUCAACUAAGGAGUGGUCGCCAUAGUGUUUGUGAGUCUUGUUGGAGGCAUUACUAGACUGCCUUUACCGAAGCGCUUGCGGAGUUGCAAAAGUGCGCAUGAGGUCGUGUUGCUACGUGGACUUUUAGCUCUCGAAGAUCAAGGUAAUUAGCUCGCUAUCAAGCACGCAGAGCUGGGCUACAAAGUAAGUAUAUAUGUAUGGGGUUAGGAGCCUGUCGGCUCUCGGUUACCGAGAUCAUAUCGCUCGCACUACGCUACAUAAUAUGUCUCGUUUGUGACCUUGGCCGCAGGACGGAAAGUCCUCGUUGUGUUUUAGAAAGUGAGUGCUAAAGUAGGACGUACGCUAGGUAGGUCUGCAACCACUUGCUUCGUCGGCAGAACGUUCGUUGCAUUGUACGUUAUCUAAACCUGAGAAAGACAAUUGUUGGCACGUUUUGGACCG